UAGGAAUAUCAAGAAAUAUUGCACCAUUGUUACCUGAUUCUUUUAGAGACAUAAUGCAUAUAUUCCACAACUCUGAGCAGCUGGCUUUGGAGAAACCAGUUGCUCCCUUUCGUCUAUCUGGAGCACAUCUAAAAUGAUAAUAUUAUCGCACAUAUUUGUCAGAGCUUCAACGGCGUUAUAUAGUGUAAUGUAGAAUACAUGCGAUUUAUAAUUGUUUUCCCCUAGGAAUAUUUGAUGAGAGCCAAUUUAACGACACUGAAGCGAUAGGCAUUUGUAUUCGCUAGAAUGCACAUGGGUUGAAAUGAUUAGCGAAUUACGAUAAUUAGUUCCUAGUAAAAGACGAUGUAUUAAUUGCAUAUAUCUGGGAUUGGAUGAAAUACACCGAUAGAUAGGUUCUGUCAGGAUAACACCAAUUUUCGCCUAAUCCUUCCAAAUCUAGCAUCAGCAUUACAUAGAUGACUGGCUCUUUCCAGUUGAGAAAAAUUCUGAUCACUCGAAUCUACAUAUAGAGGCAGAGAUUCUUUUGGAGAUUGCUGCUCCUGAACGAGCGAUUCUGUAGAAUAGAGUUGAUGGGUUGACACAUCGGAAGGAAAACUUUCUCUGCAUGAAGACCCUCGUGUCAUACGGUGUCCAAAGUCUUAGGAAUAUCAAGAAAUAUUACAUCUUAGUUACCUGAUUUCUUUAGAGACAGGAUGCAUAUUCCACAACUAUGAGGAGCUGAUCUGUGGUGGAAUGCUUGGGACGAAAACCAAACUGUUAAUCUUGGACAAUGUUCUUCAGCCUGAUGGUGUUGGCAAAUUAUGAGUGGAUGAUCCUUUCGGCCACUAUCACAAUUGAUGCCAGAAGGAUGAUUGGGCUGUGGCUUUGGGAAAACCAAGGUAGCCCUCUUUCGUCUAUCUGGAGCACAUCUAAAAUGAGAAUAUUAUCGCACAUAUCUGAGCUUCAACGGCGUUGUAUAGUGUAAUGUAGAACACAUGCGAUUUAUAAUUGUUUUCCCCUAGGAAUAUUUAAUGAGAACUAAUCCGAUACUGAGGCGAUAGGCAUUUGUAUUCGCUAGAAUGCACAUGGGUUGAAAUAAUUAGCAAAUUCCGAUAAUUAGUUCCUAGUAGAAGACGAUGUAUCAAUUGAAUAUAUCUGCGAUUAGAUGAAAUACACCAAUAUGUAGGAUAACAACGAUUUUCGCUUAAUUCCUCAAAUCAAGCAUCAUCAUUAUAUAGAUGACUGGCUCUUUCCAGUUGAUAAAAAUUCUGAUCACUCGAAUUUUCUUCGCAAAUAUGAGUCAUGUAAGAAACCAAACACCCUGAAACCCAUAAAUAAAGCUGAUCCUCGUGUAUUUCACGUGCAUGAGUCAAAUUCACGAUAACCACGUGAUAUGUAUACAGUAUCAAAUCGUUCACUAGCUUCUUCUGAAGAUGGAAUCAGCUCCAAUUGUCCUUCAACUAAUUUCUUCCUUCCCAGCGGCGUGAAGGAAUCUACCAACAAGCUUCUCAGCGAGACUUAUCCUAAGUCAAUUGGUAUGCAUAAGGCGAAGAACAUGAAAAGGAAUAAACAUUAAUCACAUUUUAUGUUAAUGAGUGAUUGGAAGACUGGUGAUUCUGUAUCAUUGUUGUGUGCGGCGUUUGCUGAUGUGCAAUUAUCAAGCUCAGUUUUAAAUCAUUUUGUUUCGAUCGAGUUAUAGAUUUAGACGAUAGUUUUCAGCCGAAAAAGUUACCGGAAUACACAUUGAGAAAAAUUGAUUUUGAAAAGUGUAAAGUGCAUUUAGGACUGUUGGAAAUUGAGUUUGAUCCGGUAUCCAAACAGUUCAUCACUAAUUUUCCACUUCUUCUACACUGCCAGUGACGAACGAAAUGCUAGGAUUGUUGUUUCUACUCGAAUUCUAAUUGUUGAGAGGCAUAUUAGUCUGAAAUAAUGAAAUAUCGAUAUACUCGCUAAGUAAAUAUGUGAUAAAUUUGAUUCGUCAAAUAUUACACUGUUAGUGACAAGUUCUGUGCCAAGAAAAGAGUUUAAAGAUGUUGUUCCAACACGCAACUUCUUGCUUGUGCUUCAUUGUUGGCACUUUUGGAAAUUGUGCAGCACUGUAUAUUUUGAACACAACAUCUAAAGCCCGAAAUCGUAAGCAAGUACUUUUGCUUAAUUGCCUGGCUAUAAAUGAUCUUGUUGCAAUGGUUGGCAUGCUAGCCAUGAUUCUUAUAAAUGAGUAUGCAGUAGUAGAAAAAGAAUACAUAUGCAAAGGUUUCGUUUUACUUAGAGCCUUUGGAGUUGGCUCAGGCUGUAUAGCUUUAAUUAUGGCUGUGGAAAGAUGGUUAGCACUCACAAAACCAUUUCUUUAUCAGCAGAUUGUGACUUAUGAGCUGUUGUUCAGGUGCUUAGUAGGGUUCUGGAUUAUAUCAGCUACCUGGACUUUUCUUCCUUUGGUCGGAUUCGGAUCUUAUUACAAAGAUGGUGCAUGUUCGAGGUACAGAGAUGCAACUACAGUACGUGACAAAAUAUACGCUUAUCUUUUCUUCGUUUUUGGUACUACACUUUUAUUAUGUAUUUCUCUGUUGAAUAUGGUUCUGGUCUGGGCCCUGUCUAGGAUGAAAUCAUCGAGGCGUGUCCUGAUAAGAAGGGUUAGCAAAUCCAUUCUAACAAAUAAUGGGACGACUUACUCACAUAGGACACCUGAGGAAAUUGCAUUUUCCAAACUGAUGUCGAUACUUUGUAUCACAUUUGUCGUCUGUUGGGCUCCACAAAUGAUCUGCAUCCCACUGGUCCAGUUUUACAGGAACGACUAUCGAAUACAACGGUUGUCCCGAUUAGCAGAUUUUUUGAUGGCUAUUUACUUUACUUUAGACCCUUAUAUUUACGUUGUGUAUCGUUACUUGCAAAAAAGCAACGUCACUUUUUGUCCCUGUGGAAAAGGUCCAAAAACCCUAAUCACCUUCGUUCCCUCUACUAAUGAGAUGUCAAGUGACGCACCAACCGUGGUUAUACAACAGGCUGUCCCAAGCACACAUAACUUGAACCUACAGGAAUAAUUAUAGAUUUCAUUGCGGCUCCAGGAGCUAAUCUAUACCUAAUUGUUAUAAUAAUCGUUUUUCGAAAUGUAUCGAUUUCCAAUUUUUUUUUAUUACCAAUUGUAACAGUAAGGUAUUAAUCUGAAGAAGAGUCGUAUUGCUUUCACUGAUCUCAUUAUCAUUGUUAAUGAUUAACCUAGACGGUGAUUAAGAUUUCAUGAAUUCAAAUGAAUAAUAUCACCUAUUUGUGAAAACUGCUCUUGGUAUCAGUACUUACGUGAAAAAAUCAAAUUUCACAAAAAAAUAAGAUUCUCUGAUUUGAUUUUAUUACACUAUCAUCUUGAAAAUCAAUAAAAUCACGUGGAGCUGUAUCAUAUUAGUUUUUUUUUGUGAUCGAUGGUGCUUUCCAACAUUCCUUUUAUUUCUGUUGAAAUAUUAUGGAGUACGUUGGGGAAAAAUCCAAAUAAUUCAAAAAUUCUUCUAUAAAAUGUGAUUGAACAUAUAACGAAACAAGUAUUUUCAUUGAAAUCCUUUUAUUUUAUCGUUUAUUAGACUUUUAUAUCUACACAUAUGUAUUCAUUGGAUCAGAUUUUUUUAAUUGCCAUGUAUUUUUUCAUAUCGAAUUCGCAAAUGUCAGAAGUUAUUUUAUCGAUGCAUGGUUACUUAUUGCAUUCCUAUUCAGCAUUGAUUGUAUUUGAUUUUUGUGAAAUAGUAUGUAAAUAAAUAUGUGGAAUUCUA